AUGAAUCAAGAGAACCCAGAGAAAUCACUUCCUGUAUCAACAAGGGAGAGAAGGGAUUUGCCAGUUCCCCAGUACCAUACUGUCACAGCCCAGGUCCAUCUCAGUACCAUACUGUCACAGCCCAGGUCCAUCUCAAUACAAUACAGUCACAGCCCAGGUCCAUCUCAUUACCAUACUGUCACAGCCCAGGUCCAUCUCAGUACCAUACUGUCACAGCCCAGGGCCAUCUCAUUACCAUACUGUCACAGCCCAGGUCCAUCUGAGUACCAUACUGUCACAGCCCAGGUCCAUCUCAUUACCAUACUGUCACAGCCCAGGUCCAUCUCAGUACCUUACUGUCACAGCCCAGGUCCAUCUCAAUACAAUACAGUCACAGCCCAGGUCCAUCUCAUUACCAUACUGUCACAGCCCAGGUCCAUCUCAGUACCAUACUGUCACAGCCCAGGUCCAUCUCAUUACCAUACUGUCACAGCCCAGGUCCAUCUCAGUACCAUACUGUCACAGCCCAGGUCCAUCUCAGUACAAUACUGUCACAGCCCAGGUCCAUCUCAGUACAAUACUGUCACAGCCCAAGUUCUUGUCAGUACAAUACAGUCACAGCCCAAGUUCUUGUCAGUACAAUACAGUCACAGCCCAGGUCCAUCUCGGUACUAUACUAUCACAGCCCAGGUCCAUCUUGGUACUAUACUAUCACAGCCCAGGUCCAUCUCAGUACAAUACUGCCACAGCCCAGGCCCAUCUCGGUACCAUACUGUCACAGCCCAGGUCCAUCUCAGUACAAUACUGCCACAGCCCAGGUCCAUCUCGGUACAAUACUGCCACAGCCCAGGUCCAUCUCGGUACCAUACUGUCACAGCCCAGGUCCAUCUCAGUACCAUACUGUCACAGCCCAGGUCUAUCUCAGUACUAUACAGUCACAGUCCCAGUCCUUGUCAGAAUAGAAUGAUAGAAACACCACAAAGUAAAGGACAGAAUAUAUGA